AUGCCUCAAAAAGACGUUGCGGCAUCGUUCAUAAAUUAUCUUCGGAACGCCUCAAAACUCCGCUGUCCGAUCCACGGCUGUGGUGAUGAGUUUCCUGAUAUUGAUGAUCGUAUACGAACGCACUUGCAAUCACGUCAUCCAGAACUGUUAGGGAAGGAUAAUAUUUCCCAGCUUGUUCAAGAUAUCAGAAAGGGGAGCGCUGAAGCAGUCAAAAGAAGGACCACAAAUCUUGGAAAGCUCUGGAGUCCCGAUGAUGCUGCAGGUCCUUCAUCCCCACGUCCAAAUCCAGUAUCACGACAAACAAGGAAUAUUAGUCAACCCAAGAGUCGAGCGGAUGUUAUUGAAGAUGAAAGUGAAUCAACUAGGCUUAUUAAGCAGCCAGAGACUCGCCCAAUCAGUCAAGAACAGUUAAUUGCUGAAGUCAAGGGGAUUUACGCAGGGCUUGUUAUGGUCGAGUCCAAGUGCAUUGAGGUUGACAACGCGCAGCAAUCCCAGAAUGAAACCCAAUUAAAUAAUGAACAAUGGCAAGCGUUGAUAGCAUUGCAUAGGACGCUCCUACAUGAGCACCACGAUUUUUUCCUAGCUUCACAGCAUCCUUCUGCGAGUCAGGCACUACGGCGUCUAGCAUCCAAGUAUGCCAUGCCGGCCCGUAUGUGGAGACACGGCAUACACUCCUUUCUUGAGCUAUUAAGACAUCGGCUCCCACACUCGUUAGAGCAUAUGCUCACAUUCAUUUAUCUCGCAUACUCUAUGAUGGCACUUUUAUACGAGACGGUCCCGGCUUUUGAAGAUACGUGGAUAGAAUGUUUGGGCGAUUUAGGAAGAUAUAGAAUGGCUAUCGAGGACGAUGAUAUUCGUGACAGAGAGGUCUGGACUUCCGUGUCCCGCCAUUGGUAUUCAAAAGCUUCUGAUAAAGCUCCUACUACCGGAAGGCUAUAUCACCACCUUGCAAUUCUUGCACGUCCCAACCCCCUUCAGCAGCUUUAUUACUACACCAAAUCUCUUUGUGUCCCAAUUCCAUUCAGUUCCGCCCGGGAGUCGAUUAUGACCUUGUUUGAUCCCAUCCUUGAUCCGACAAGUGCUCAGCAUUCUCGAUUGAGUGCGGUAGAUGUGGCUUUCGUUAAGGCACAUGGGAUUCUAUUCAGUAACAAGUACACAGAUGAUUUCCUCCCAACGGUUGAUAAGUUUAGUAGCAUGCUGGAUAACCACAUUGGCCGAACCACACGAAAGUGGAUGGAAUCUGGGUACUACAUUGCUAUAUCGGACUGCAAUGGUCUUUUAUCUUAUGGCCAAGACGAAAAUGUUAUUUUGAAGGCGAUUCGCCCGCAACACCCGGAAGAAGCAGCCGAGCUGAGUGCAGAACUAGAAAAUGCUCUUCGCGACUAUAAACCUAGCAAAACGGAAGAGGGGGCUCUUAAAUUAUUCGGGGUUACGUGCGAUGUCGUCCUACGAAGGCUGGGUGACUUCAACAUUCUCCCAUUUUUACACGUAGUUUUGGUUUUCGUGUUUCACCUUACUCACUAUCCUAGUGCACUGUUCUUCAUUGAGAACACAUUCCCCUGGAAGCUAGUCUCCCUCCAAUUAAAUUCACUUCUCUUGUCAUACCGGGAGCACCAUCGAAUCCACAAUGAACAGUUUCCUAGACAGGAUAAAGAAACUGCCCCUCGACCGCUACCAGAAGAUUUUGCAAUGAAGGGCCUCGUUUGGGUGGAUAAAUACUUCCCGAACGACUGGUUUUCUAACGAUAAAAUAGACGACGAUGAAAAAUAUUUCGAAGUUGCUUCCAUGACAGGGGAUCGGAAAGAAAGAAUUCUAUGGCUAGGAUGUCGCAUUGCAAAAUUUGGGAAAUGGCUUACCUAUGACGAGACACUACAUCAAUUUGGCGUUGUAUCUGAGUACGACACGGAAAUAGAAAGCAUCACCAAAGAUGCAGAUAUGGUGCUGAACGUCUCUGAGAUUUCGGAAUCAGCCUCUCGGAGUUCUACGUUUGAUUCAAUAACUACCAUGGGGGACGCAACAUCUGACAGGGACGAUGAGGAUAUGAUAGAUGUUGACGAGGCUCUAGAAUGCAGGCCAAUAAUCCGGCAAUAA